CUUUACAACAACAACAACAACAAGUAUACCAACAGAACAUUCUUUUUUCUCCAGUAUGACCUUAGCAUCGACAGCAACCUCAUCAUCACCUCUAAAACUCAAAGUAGUAUAUGAUUUGGAUAAUAUUAUUAUGCUUCAGGUACCACGGAAUAUCAGACUUCCAGAACUACGUGCAAGGAUCCUUCACAAAUUUGAAGACAUUGCGAUGGAUUUACCAGUAGAUUUCAAACUUGUAUUUAAUUCGAUUGGGGGUAGAAAGGACUCAUUACUAUCUUUGUCGGCGGCGUAUUCGACCUAUGCAGAUCUGGAUGCAAGAGCUAUUAUUGGAACACAAGAUGAUCUCAUGAAUGCCCUGUCUCAAUGGACUCAACUAUCCAAAGUGUCUGUUCGAUGUGUGGUUCAUUAAUGUGUUAUAUUACUGAUAAUUAUUUUGUAUAUAUUAUAUGUUUUAUUUUUAGUAACCCCUUUGAUUAGUUAUUUGAUUAGUGUUAUCUUACUCAUGAUAUUUUAUUAUACCUAGAUUAUGUUUAUUUUCUAUUUUUUUUUUUUUUU